GUCUAUAUAGUUCUGCUCCGAUAUAUGUAUAUAUCAAAUGGGUUUUUCUCCAUGGAGAUGAAAUAAUUGCAGAUAAAUUGACAAGGGAGAAUUCGUGUAUAAAUAUAUAAACAAUAUAUUCCACUUCGAAGAAUCCGAUAAGAUAGCAAGCGUGUAACAAUAAAAAUGGACGAAGCUAAAUUUCUAAAAAGAAAAGUAAGAUCUGGAACAUUAGAUGUCCAUCCAACGGAAAAAGCUUUGGUAGUAAAUUAUGAUGUUGAGGCACUGAUAUUAGGGGAAUUAGGAGAUCCCAUGCUUGGUGAUCGCAAAGAAUGCCAAAAGAUAAUCAGACUAAAAAGCUUAAAUGCAGACACAAAUGUCUCCCUCUUGGCCAAAGAAGUGAUGGAAAAGUGUUCAUUGAUUCACGAAUCUAAACUACGCGAGGUUGAACAAUUAAUUUAUUAUUUACAAAAUCGUCGGACCAACGAUACCAUCACAAGUUGUGACAAUAAUUCUCAUCCACCAAGGCCAGCAUCAUCAAAUUCAAUGAUUACAGAAAAUAGUGAAAUUGAACGUGCAGUUAUUAGUAAUGUUGACAGUUAUAUUGAAUUAUUAUAUGAGGAAAUACCAGGCAAGAUUAAAGGUUCAUCAUUAAUUUUACAAUUAGCAAGGGUUCCUGAUAAUCUCUUGGAAUUGACAAAAAAUGAAUCAUUAUUAAGUGCAUUAGCUCGAGUUCUAAGAGAAGAUUGGCGGCGCAGUAUAGAACUGUCUACAAAUAUCAUUUAUAUUUUCUUUUGCUUUUCAACAUACAGCCAAUUUCAUAAUAUUGUGCUUGAAUACAGAAUUGGUUCUCUUUGUAUGGAUAUAAUUGACUUUGAAUUACGUCGCUAUGAUCAGUGGAAGGAGGAUAUGGAAAAACGGAAGCAGUUCGAAAACACUACUGGUUUAACAUUUUUUCCAAUGGGAAAUAAUGACAAUUGUGAUAGGAAGAUUAGAAUCAUCGACGAUAUGAAUAUGGAGGGUCCAUUAGAUUAUGAAGUUAAAAGACGAUCUAUGGAUGUAUCCAUAACUGUAUCUGAGAGUGACAUUAAAAAGUUAAAAGAAGAACUUGAAAAAAGUCGCAAAAAAUUUAAGAGUUUAACUAAGAAACAAGAACAACUGCUGCGAGUUGCAUUUUAUCUACUUUUAAAUAUUGCUGAGAAUGCUAUGGAAGUUGAAAGAAAGAUGCGUAAAAAGAAUGUUAUUGGAAUGUUGAUUAAAACAUUGGACAGAACUAAUACUGAUUUGCUGAUAUUGGUUGUUACAUUGAAGAAAUUAUCUAUCUUUCGCGAAAACAAAGAUCUUAUGGCAGAAGAAAAUAUUAUAGACAAAUUACCAAGGCUUUUACAAAAUAAUAACACUGAUCUUGUAUUAAGUACUUUAAAACUAUUAUUUAAUCUUUCUUUUGACAUUAAAUUGAGAGCAAGAAUGAUUAGAGUUGGUAUGUUACCAAAAUGGAUCAAAUUACUUAGUCAAGCUGAUAUAAAAAGUAAGAGUACAAUUCUGGGACUGCUUUAUCAUGCCAGUAUGGAUGACAAAGUAAAACCAAUGUUUACAAAUACAGAUUGCAUUCCAAUGAUAACAAAUAUGAUAUUGAAUUGCGACGACGAGCACAUAAGAUCUGAAAUAAUAGCACUUGGUAUAAAUUUAGCUAUUAACAAUAAGAAUGCGCAACUGAUGGUGGAAAAUAACCGUUUGCAAGGUCUGAUAAAAAUUGCAUUCAGAAAUCAAGAUUCUCAUGUAAUGAAGAUGAUUAGAAAUAUUUCUCAACACGAUUCAACGAAAGAAAAUUUUGUCGAAUUUGUGGGUGAUUUUGCUAUGGCUUUGACUCAGUCUGAUUCUCAAGAUUUUGUAUUAGAAGUAAUUGGUGUAUUAGGUAACUUAGAAUUACCUGAUUUGGAUUAUUCUCAAGUCAUUCAACGUUGUAAUCUUAUACCAUGGAUACGCAAUAAUUUGGUUCCAGGUAAGACACAAGAUGAUUUAGUCCUUGAGGUUGUUAUAUUUUUGGGUACUGCAGCUUGUGAUGAAGAUUGUGCUCGUUUAUUGUGUAAGGCUGAUAUACUUCUCUCUCUUAUCGAGCUUUUAAAAGCUAAGCAAGAAGACGAUGAAAUGGUUUUGCAAAUAAUUUGUUUUUAUCAAAUUGCAAAACACGAUUCAACGCGAGAUUAUUUGAUUCGCGAGACUGGUAAUGAAGCCCCUGGAUAUUUGAUCGACUUAAUGCAUGAUAAAAAUCCUGCAAUCAGAAAAGUCUGUGAUACGUGUUUAGAUAUCAUUGCUAUGUGCGAUAAGAAUUGGGCGGCACGCAUAAAAGUGGAAAAGUUUCGGUCGCACAAUCAGCAAUGGUUGGAAAUGGUUGAAUCUAUAGGAUCAGAUUCGACCAAUCAUUUGUUACCGGAUGACGACGAUAGUCUAUCUCCGUUUAUUAGUGGUGACCUAUUAAAACAUACUAUACUAUUCCCUAUAGGUAAUGCAGCAUUAUUUAAUAUGGAUGAUGGAUUUUCAAUUAUGAAAAAUUCAUCGGAAUCGUCUGAAAAUCCUAGUCGGCCUGUCAGUAGGUAUCGAGAUCUCGAUGACAUUGGUGAACUCGUGGCGCGUUCUAAAUCUCGCAUGUCCAUUGGUUCAGGUAUAGAGGAUUUAUAUUACAAUUCUAGAGUAAAAUUCAAUGAUACAGAUAGUUCCCACGUAUUAAUAUAAACAUUAAUCUCAAUGUUCUGAUAUGUAGAUAUGUGACUUAACUUUUCAAAGAUACUUAGGGCAUUUUACAUUAUCUGAACAUCACAUAUGUUUGAUGUAAAGACACACAAAAAAAAAGAAAUGUUUACUAUUUACAUAAACAUGCCUGCUUGAACCAAAGAUUUAAUUAUAUUGUACAUGAUAGACUGCUUUGAUCUCACAGUCAAAUAUUUUAGUAUCUUUUAUUUUUUAUAUAUUGAUUUAUUUAUAAGCGUCGAAACGAGCUUUAUAUUGAUGCAUAGUAUACUAUUGUUUUGCAAAAUAAUUAAUAGUAUGUUAAGUCUAUAUAUUCGGAUCUCUUUUAUCUUGUGAUAGGAUCUUAAACAGUCAGGAUAGUAUAAUAUAUGUGGUUAAAUGUAAAAUUAGCAUUUACAAUCAUUUUAAUCUCAUGUAGAAUUUAUAUAUUGUUAAUAUGAAGACAAGUGGUGUAUGAAAAUAUUGAAUCGUGUGUGUGUUUUAAAGUAAAAUAAAGGAAUUAUUUGAA